GGAAUAGUGCGUAAUUCCGUAUACUUUUACCCUCACUACUUCCUUUCAUUUGCGUAUUGCUAAAUAUUGCUUAUUGCUGCACUGUUUCAUUCACUACUUAUUUCAGAAUAAUUAUUCAAAGAAGUUAAUUGUUAAUUAUCGACAAUAAUUAUCAUCUCUUUGGUGAUUAGAUUUGAUUGUGUGAAAGAAUUAUUUUUAAGCAUCCAAGGUUACAUUAAACGGCAACUGCCGCUGCGUUCUCUCAUAUAGAGUGUUUGUUUGUUGCAGGACCAACGUCACGAUGUCAGGUAUAGCGAGUGCCCGACUUGCGGAAGAGCGAAAAGCUUGGAGAAAAGACCAUCCAUUCGGCUUUGUAGCACGACCAACUAAAAAUGCAGAUGGUACACUUAAUUUAAUGAGCUGGGAAUGUGCUAUUCCUGGUAAAAAAUCGACUCCCUGGGAAGGUGGUCUCUACAAAUUGAGAAUGAUAUUCAAAGAUGACUAUCCAUCAAGCCCGCCAAAAUGCAAAUUCGAACCUCCACUCUUCCAUCCAAAUGUUUAUCCUUCAGGAACAGUUUGUCUUUCAUUACUGGACGAAGAGAAAGAUUGGCGACCGGCAAUCACUAUUAAACAAAUUCUUUUAGGUAUUCAAGAUCUGCUGAACGAGCCAAAUGUCAAAGAUCCAGCUCAAGCAGAAGCUUAUACUAUUUAUUGUCAAAACCGUUUGGAAUACGAAAAACGUGUCAGAGCACAAGCCAGAGCAAUGGCACCACAAGAAGCACAACUUUAAAAGAAAAAAUUAUUUAUUUUUACCAUCUCUCUGCUGCUAUCAUUAUCAAAAAUAAUAAUGAAUGCGUACACAGGAUAAAAAUAAAAAGUCAAGUACACAUCUACAGACAUUUUAAUAAUUAUUUAUAAUAACAUACAAAUGAUCUGUAAACAAAAACGUUUAAAUUUAUUGUGUUUAGUUCAUUAAAAAUUUAAAAGUAAACUAUUGAAAAAAUA